AUCCCGGCUUUCAUUCCUGUUACUGGCGAUGGGGAUUAAAUAAACAAGUCUGCUUGGUGAUUUGAAUCCACUCCGGGCCUUCAUUAGGAACUAAUCUUCCCCUGAAAAGAUUUUUUUUCCUCCCCACUGCUUCACACUGCAUUCACAUGCUGCAGGGCUUCAUCAGCAUGACAACAUGGUGGAGAUUAGCCUAAUAGCAUUAGCGCGUUCCACUGGAUCGUUCGUGUUGGCCAUCAUUAACACUGAAUUGAUUAGCUGCUUUUAAUUGCACAGGAGUGUUGCUUAUGAUAAGCCGUAUUUAACGCUCCUACUGCUUUAUUUUGUAAAUUCUCCCCCCAGUUUUUGUUUACUUCCCAUUGGCUAAAUGGGACUCUUGGAAGUUGGUAUUUAUUGAGCGACUUUUUGUGGAUGAAGGACUUUGACUUGGAUCUGUGGUGCAUGUUUGUGCUGUCUGACAAGAAGAGACAAUCAUUAAAUUAGGUAGACUGCUACAUUAGCUUUGCUAGCCUGUCACUUUGAAUCGAAAUGUAGAACUUAUUGUACAUGUCAACAAUGAGUAUCUUGUUUACAUCUAUUGGUCAUUUUGUGACAAUGCAAAUACACUGACAAUACUCUGACAGCUCAUGUGUGUUAUGGAAAAUUUUACUCACUGUAAGUGGUGUGAAAAGUAUGUAAUUACUGCUUGUCUAUCUAUGCUAGUGAUGUUUCUUGACAGGCAUGACAAUCGAAUGCGCUUCCACUCGAAGACAGAAGAUCCCUUGAACCUGUGUAGCCACCCGUUGCCAUUCGAACAAUACAGAAUAAGAAUUUGUGAAUAAAUUGAGCCAAAUUUAUUUCUUCAGUAUUUAGACUUUUUGCAAAACUUGUCGGUGAUGUUCUGUGAGAUUUUUCAAAAUGAAAAUCAAUUAUGUGCAGUAGCUCAAAAAAAUUGCGAAAUACUGUUUGUUCUGCUACACAAAAUAGCGAGAAAGCGACCUCACCAACACAACUACUGUACUUUUCAUAUUGCGUAAAAAGGGAACAAAAGCGGAUCAGCGGGCCCCCCGUGGAGUCACAACAUGAAUUUGUUGAACUAAGCCCACUAAGAAUAGGAAAAUGUUGUCUUUUCAAUCACACACGCACACACUCACCAGAUUAGCCAGAACCUCAGGAAAUCUCAUUCACAUGGAAACCAACACGUCUUCAUUCUCAUUGGUAGCCAAUGUCAUUGAAUCCUUCCCUUUCCAUUUAAACGUGAGGCAUGUCAUCAGGGCUUCCUCACACAUUCCUCAUCCUCACGACGCCGGGAGUUUGUUAUUUGGAGAACAUUGUGUACUUUUUUUUUUUUAAUUUACAAUGAAGUCAGAAUAGCAUUGGGGUGGGUAAUAGCCUGACUAGUCUUACUAAGAAUCAACUGUAUUGUCAUGGCCUCAGCUGUGGUUCCUGUCACAGAAAACCUGUCGGUCUUUUCCAUUGAGCGUAUUUUGGGUUUGGAAGGCAAACAAGCUGGAAGAUGCAUGAAACUCCACCGACCUUGGGACCAGACAGCAGAGGUGGAGUCAGAUGAGAACAAUGCUUGCCAUCAACAACAUGAUCACCAUCCUUCCCGCUUCAGCUUUCAGAAUCCGACGUUCAGCUGGUACGUCGGACGCCGACCUCGAACUGCCUUCACCAACAGCCAAGUGAAUGUUCUGGAAGCGUUGUUUCAGGUCAACUGUUAUCCAGGCAUCCAACUGAGGGAACAUUUGGCCGGGAGCUUGGAACUGGAUGAGGACCGCAUACAGAUUUGGUUUCAGAACCGACGGGCCAAACUAAGACGAGCCCUCAGGGAAAGCCGACUGAGAAUGUUUCAGUCCACCGUGGCUCAUCUUGGGAUGAAAGUCGCUGGUCAGCUCGGGGGAGAUGACCUGCACGCCGAGAUUGAGGAAUAACAUUUUUCCAUCCAUCCAUCCACCCAUCCAUCCAUCCAUCCACAUACAAACCACCAUAUAGCUCCCAAUUAGUAAUACAGUAAUACAUAAGUUUAGCCUUUUCUAACUGUUGUGUGAUCAGCAUGAUUAAAAUGUUUACAUCUGA